AUGGGACUCUGCGGGGCUUGCCUUAGCGCCAACGAAGCAGCCAACGGGGCAGCCAGCGAGGCAGCCGACGAGGCCGCUAAGGAGGCAGCCACUGAGGCAGCCAACAUAGCAGCCAACAGGGUAGCCAACGAGGCAGCCAGCAGGGCAGCCAACGAGGCAGCCAGAAAGGCUGCCAACGAGACAGCCAAGGAGGCCGCGAACGGGGCAGCCAACACGGCAGCCAACGCGGCAGCCAAUAAUGUAGCCGACGAUGCAGCCGACGAGGUAGCCAGCAAAGUUGUCAAGUUGGCAGACAGUGCAGCCGACGAGUCAGCCAACAAGGCUGUCAACAAGGCAGCCAACAAGGGUGCCAACAAGACAGCCAACGAGGCAGCCAAGAGGGCUAAGACUGGCAGUGGGCAAGCAGCCGACGAAGGAGCCGACAAGGUAGCCAACCAGGCAGUCAACGAGGCAACCAACAAGGCUGUCAGCAAGGCAGCCAACGAGGCAGCCAAGAAGGCUUCUAACUUGGCGGCCACCCUGAGCGCGCGCGCCGAUGAAUUUGGCACCCUGCGGAGCCAGCAAAAGCAGGUGACCGAUUUUCUGGUUGCGCGGGGAGCCCCCAAGCAGUGGAACGCCGCGGAGGCGUCGACGAUGCAUUCGAAGUCCUUGUCGCCAGCGCUGCGCCGCGCGUGCCCCGGCAAGGGGCGUUCCAUGGUCGAUAAUUCCAUCGAGGCGCUGCAGUUUCCGAAACGCUCGCCAGACGUCAACCCGUUUGAUUGCGGCUUCUGGAAUUGCGCCAGCCGUGGCCUCCGCAAGCAGGAGGCCACCUACUCGUCAGCUAGAAAGGAAACCAGGCCCCAGUUCGCGGCGCGCCUCAAGAGGGCCACCCAGCGCGUGCCCGAGGCCAUCUGGAUUCCGCUGGCGAAGUCCACGGGCUGGCGCUGCAAGGCCUUCCAGCGCGCCAAGGUCAAUGAAUUCGAGGAGCGAUGGCCCGCGCCCUGCGCGGCCGCCGACGCCGCGAACAGUCGGCUUUCCGCUGCGGCCCGCCACCGAGAACACGCAUCUAGUGAAGCAGCCAACGAGGCCGCCAACAAGGCCGCCAACAAAGCAGCCAACGAGGCAGCCAACCAGGCAGCCAACGAGGCAGCCAACAAGGUAUCCAACGAGGCAGUCAACAAUCCAGCCAAAAAGGCCUCCAGCGACCCAGCCAAAGAGGCAGCCAACGAGGCAGCCAACAAGCCAGACGCGGCUGCGGACGUGCAGGAGGGCACGGCGGCCGCGUCGGUGAGCUGCUUGUCGCACGCGAUCGGUGCCAUGAACUACUCGGACCGCACCAUUCUCCGCCUGCACGACGCCGUCGUUGUCCGCAAAGCUGUCAACACGGCGAUCUCCUACCACAGCGUCACGCGUGAUUGCUUCAUGAGCAUAGUGGAGAAGUUCCGCCGGCCAAAGCCUGGCAAGGCCGGCGCCGCCGAGGGCGCGGCGCCCCCCGAGCCCGCGGGCGGCGCGGACGCGGCCGCCGCGGAGGGCGGCGGAGGCGGCAGGGGCAACAGCGCUGCCGCCGUCGCGGCCAUCGACGCCAUCGAGCAGCUGGUGGUUGGGCUGGGCCGCGGGCACGCCGAGGCGAAGGAUGCGCCGCCGUUGGGCGACGGAGAGCCCGCAGCCGGCGGCGAGGAGGCGAAGGCUUUGGCCGGCGGGCGCGGCAAGGGCGGGCCAGGCUGGCUGGAGCGUGCCAGGACGAACCUCGGACGCGUCACAUUCGUGCCGGAGUGUCUCCGGGUCAUGUUGUCCAGGCUGGUUGGACAGAGCCACUGCGAAGCCAGAGUGCGCCAUACUUGUCUGGCCUGUGCUGGCAGGUGCGUGCCAGGACGAGCCUCGGGCGCGCCAUACUCGAGCUGGAGAGUCCCCGGCUUUGUUGCCCAGGCUGGCUGGAUAGAGCCAGUGCGAUUCGCCCUGGCCUCCGAAGAUGGAACGCUCGACGAGUGCGAGUGA